AUGGACACCUCUGACAAGUCCCCAGAGACAAACGAGAUACAAGCCUCUAACAUUGUACAGCCAAGUACGAUUGAAAAUGGAACAACAGCAAACUCGCAGUGUGAAGCCGGUCAUCUUCCAUUCAUAUCCUCCGCGUCGGAAGGCGAGAAGCGCGCCCUGGCAACAGAGGCUUUCCAGCCUGCCAUUGAAAUCCUAGAACGAAUGGAGCAAGAAGACCCAAAGCUGGCUAUCCAAGCUGCCCGUCUUGUGGGGCUCUAUCGGCGCCUGUGGGAGUCGUGCAUUUCCAAGCACCAUGCCGGCCAAAGUCUUGCAGCGGAUAACAACGAGCUGCGUAUCACCAACACCCAGCUGUUUCGGGAAAGAGAGAACUUAAAACAGCAGCAGAACAACCAGAUCGCGCGCUUGACCCUUUUUGAAGAGGCCCUUGGCAAAGUCCGAGAAGGGAUCGUUGGCGUCCUCAAAGACUGGGAUGGCUGUGCCGAAGGAGCCACAUCGGUUUCGUGGGAAGGGGCACCUCUAGGAGGUCAAUGA